AUGGAAUCUAGCUUCAAGAUGGACUGCUGUAGGCAUAAGUUAUUGGGGAAUAAGCUAUGUAUAUUAGAAGUGGCUUCUGAUAAAAUUAUUAUCACAAACAUUUCAGACUUGCCUCACAAGAGAAAUGAAUUAGAAAUAAAUUACAAUUUGUUCAUAGAUUUUAAAGUUAAGAACAAGCAACUUUAAGCUAUAGGAUUGAUAACAAACAAGCAUCACUGGUAUUAUGCUGAUAAUUAAAAUUUAAUCAACUUAAAAUAAAUUUUAGGUGCAAGAGUGGUGUUUAAAGGUGUAAACACAUUAUAUAAUCCGUUAUAAUAGAUUGGGUAAGGAACUUUCUCAAAUGUUUAUUUAUUACAAAGCAAAUUAAACAGCCUAGAUUAUUUUGCUUGUAAAUGUUUAGAUAAAACUUAAGUAGAUGCUUAGAUUGGAAGAUAAGGCUUGUUUGAAGAAAUCUAAGCGAUGGUUUCUUUGAAGCAUUAAAAUAUUGCAGAGCUUUUGGAAGUUUUCGAAGGGGAUGUAUCUUAUUAUAUGGUCAUGUAAUAUUAUGAUCUUGAAUUUACUGAUGUGCUAAAAGAACUAAAUCUUGAAGACAUCCCUAUCAUAUUUAGAUAAUUAGUUGCAGCUGUAAAUUUUAUGCAUGAAAAAGGUUACAUGCAUAGAGAUUUAAAACCGGAAAAUAUUAUGUUUAGUGAGAGUAUAUACUAAUUGAAACUCAUUGACUUUGGUUUGACCACAAAAGAUUUAGGCAAAUCAAAAUGCGGGACUCCUGGGUACAUUGCUCCUGAAAUCCUUAACCUUGAUACCAGGAUAAAUGAAUACAAUGAGAAAUGUGACAUUUUUUCAUUAGGAGUUAUAUUUUAUAAGAUGCUGACACAGAAUGAUUUGUUUUAAGGAUCAAAUCACGAUGAGGUCUUGGAACAUAAUGCUAAAUGCAAUACAAAUUUCGAUUUGUUGAUUGCAAACCAGCCCAAAAUAAGCUUUAAACCUAUUGAAAUCGAUGCUACAAAUUGA